UAGAUGUUAGGAGGGAUGCUUCCAAUCAGGAUGAAUGUGUUCCUCAUACCUCCACCCCUCCAUGGAAUUAAGCCAUCAUGGCAGCAGUCUGACUGGAUACCGAGACCUCUCUUUCCUACUGAGCAGAUACAUGGUAUCCGUUUAGCCGGAUGCGUUACUACUUGUGCCGGGGAGGGUGGACCAGAGAGUUGGUACAACAGACAAAGGAAGCAGACUAUACUAGAUCUACCAUCAAUCGCCUUAUGUGCUGUCAAAGAGAUUAUGCUUAAACCAUGGCCCAAAUAGAGAAGAAGGUGGGGUUGCUUCGGAAGUCAUUGGCCUCUAAGAAACCCCUAAAAGAAAAAGUGGUCUUGAUGUAUGAUGAGAUUUUUGCGAGAGAAGAUCCAGCCAAAGCCAAUCCAAGAUUUUGGGAUGAACUUUUUCUGAUGAAGGUAAAUCUAGAAUAUCUGGAAGCCAAGCUGGAAUCAUUGGAUGGUGAAGAAUUAAUGAAGAUAAAAGAUAACAUUAACAGCCUGUUCCAGCACUGUAUCCAGGCGUUACGAGCGGAGCACCAAAUUCGCGUUGUCAAUUCUCUGCAGACACUUUGUGCUUUGAUUCGAGGCGUUCACCAAAAGAACAAGCCAACGUCAGGCUUCGAUAUCAUUAACAUGCUGAUGGGGUUUGAUAAGGCCGAGCUCAGAAUGAAGAAUUUGAUGGAAAGUUUGGACGUCCUUUUGUGCGGUGAAGGCUCUGAAAGUCUCAAGAGUUUGUGUUUGAAGCUCCUUCUUUGCCUAGUAACUGUGACUGAUAACAUCAGCCAGAACACCAUACUCGAAUAUGUAAUGAUUAAUAGUAUAUUUGAAGCCAUUUUACAGAUUCUCUCUAAUCCUCCCAGUAGAAGAGAACACGGCUACGAUGCUGUUGUUUUGCUCGCACUUCUUGUAAACUACAGAAAGUACGAGUCUGUGAAUCCUUACAUUGUGAAGCUGUCUAUUGUGGAUGAUGAGAACACACUCAAUGGAAUGGGACUAGUAAUUGCUCGUGCAUUAUUUGAAUACAACACGCAAUACAGAGACAAAGAGGAGGAAAACCAGACUGGCUUUUUCUCAGCCCUGACAAAUAUGGUGGGCAGCAUGUUCAUAGCUGAUGCGGAUGAGAAAAUCUCUGUACAAACUAAUGAGGCAAUCUUGCUGGCCCUUUACGAAGCAGUUCAUCUAAACAGGAACUUUAUCACCGUCUUGGCACAGAGUCAUCCUGAGAUGGGAUUAGUAACGGUGCCCACCAGUCCAGUCCCCACGACGCCAACUACCCCUCUGGGGACGACUCCUCCUUCGUUGGAUGUAAUGAGCCCUACAGAGCUGCCCCUGGAUGCGGAUGUACAGACCAGUAAUCUGCUCAUUACGUUCUUGAAAUACAGCUCCAUUGUUAUGCAAGAUACAAAAGAUGAACACAGACUGAACAGCGGUAAACUCUGUCUCAUCAUUCUCACCUGCAUAGCAGAGGACCAAUAUGCCAACGCGUUCUUACACGAUGACAACAUGAAUUUCCGCGUAAACCUUCACAGAAUGCCCAUGAGGCACAGGAAAAAACCAGCUGAAAAAAGCAUCCCAUGCCGCCCCCUGGUGUGUGCCGUACUGGAUUUGAUGGUGGAAUUCAUUGUGACUCAUAUGAUGAAGGAGUUUCCUAUGGAUCUCUACAUACGCUGUAUUCAAAUAAUCCACAAGCUUUUGUGUUAUCAGAAGAAGUGCAGAGUGAGACUUCAUUACACUUGGCGAGAACUUUGGUCCGCGCUGAUAAAUCUCUUGAAGUUUCUCAUGUCUAAUGAGACUGUUCUACUAGCAAAACACAACAUUUUUACCUUGAUUCUUAUGGUAGUCAAUUUGUUUAAUAUGUUCAUUACGUAUGGAGACACCUUCCUUCCUACUCCAAGCAGCUAUGAUGAGCUGUAUUAUGAAAUCAUCCGUAUGCACCAGAUAUUCGAUAACCUUUACUCAAUGGUACUUCGGCUUUCUACCAAUGCAGGCCAGUGGAAGGAGCCAGCCAGCAAGGUCACGCAUGCUUUGGUCAACGUCAGGGCCAUUAUAAACCACUUUAAUCCCAAGAUAGAAUCCUAUGCAGCUGUGAAUCACAUCUCACAAUUAUCAGAGGAACAGGUUUUAGAGGUUGUGCGAUCCAACUAUGACACGCUGACCUUGAAGCUGCAGGACGGGCUUGAUCAGUACGAGAGAUAUUCCGAACAACACAAAGAAGCCGCUUUCUUCAAAGAGCUGGCUCGAUCAAUCAGUAUCAACGUACGGAAGAACCUUGCCUUCAAUACUCUGAGCCAAGAAACUCUCUUGAAGGAAUUCUCUACCAUCUCCUGAAACGUUCUUGUAUUAUCACUGGAUUUGUUUUGGAAGUACCUGGACUACUGUUUUAAUAGCACCACGGUUGGGAUGAUACUACUGAAUGUAGUUUUCUUUCACUCUUAAUGUGCUUUUCACAGUGUAUCCAGUUCCCCUUUCCUCUGAUUAUAUUUUAUGAUUCUUGGAUGGGAAUAAGAACAUAGGUUUCUUAGAAGCUACAGAAGACAUUUCUUGUGCAGUUUUAAGGUUGUUUUUUUUUUCCUUUUGUGCUUGUGUUUUUUUCUUCUAUAUAGAGGAACUUGUUAUAAUGAAACAAAAUUAUCCAGAAUCCUCCUCUGGGGCAUUACCUCCAUAUGAUGUGAGACGGGAAUGAAGCAGGGGGUGGAAGUCUGCGGAAACUUCAUCAAAUGGACUGGGUUUUAUUUUUGGUUUCGUACUGUGAUAAAUGCAUUCUGAUCCAUGCAUCACCUUACAGUGAAUAAACCCAUUACUCUCUGUGGAACUGUAUCUAACAA